GAGAGAGGAGGAGCUGCAGCAGCUAGAAAGCCCCGUAGGCUCUUAGGGUUGAAAACACUCCCAUUCGUCGUCUCUGAGUGGGUCUCAGGAGCGCACAUUCUCACACAGAGUGAGGGAGGGAGUUGUCUGGUCAAACCUGUUGCAGCCACAGACUAAUAUCUCCCACCCUGAACCAACACUUCACACACACAGAGACAGAGAGACAGCGCGAGAGAUAGAGAGAGUGAGGGUCAGAAGAAGACUCUCCCAGUUGACAAAGCCCUUCCUUGGUUAAGCCUCAGUGAGCCGCCAGUGAGCCACUGGCCCUUAGCAACACGAUCCAGAGGAUCUGCUCUGCUGCUCUACUCUGCGUCUCCACUCCCCCGCCACCCCUGUGGAGAGUUUGAAGAAGAAAAAAACAGAAGAAAGAAAGAAACUGGGGGAGCGGGGGAGGCAGACGCCUACACAGAGAAGAGAAAAGCUUGAAACAGCUGCAGAGAACCAACGGAGAGGAGGGCAGCAAAUAGAAAUCAGACGAGGGGAGAAAAAGGGUAAUAAAAAUCAGUGGAAAAGAGACGGUUGAAGAGACAAUCGUGGAGCGAGGUUCGAGAGCGAGAGCCAAGCUGCAGCCAGUCACCAAAGCCAGUGGAAUGGACCUCGACGUCGGUCGGAUUAACCCACGCCUGCCCACCGUGCAUUCCGAGGAGGAAAGCUGAACCAACUGACCUCCACCCCCAAAAACUCAAUGAGGAUGAAGCUAACAACAUGAGCUGAGCCAACAACACAACAAUAUGCUGAGCUAACACGUUCCUGUUUUUCUUCAGCAGUAUUACUGCCUGGGGUUAGCAUUAGCCGCUAGCUGACUGGCAGUAGAAGAGGAGGAGAGCCGGGGGCCACCGAGCAUCGCUGGUGUUGCUGCCCAGGAGAGGCAGGGCAGUGCAGGAGAGGACCAGAGGGACGACGAGAGGGCGGUGGGGGAGGGAGAGGUGGCGGUGGUGGCCGGGCAGCGGCACAUGGCCGUGCAGCGGCUGGUGACGGCGGCGGUGGCGGUGGCCCUGCUGUCCCUGGUCCUCAACAACGUGGCGGCCUUCACCCCCAGCUGGGUGCUGCAGGCCCUGGAGGAUGGACGCAAGCGCAGCGUGGGGCUGUGGAGGAUGUGUCCCGUCAUGACUGGAGGAGAGAGGGGCCGGGAUGAACACGGUGUUGGGGGAUCCAAUAGGAGAGGUCAGGGGUCUCAGAGGCCGUGUGAGGACCUGGGCUGGGGCUCGGAGUUUGCAGGCUACCAAGAGUCCCGCAGCACCGUCAAAUUGCAGUUUGACAUGAUGCGAGCGUGUAACCUGAUGGCUACGGUGGCACUGACGGCCGGGCAGCUCAUCUUCCUGCUGGGCCUGAUGGAGCUGCCCUUCGUCACCCAGGACUCCCAGUGGUGGGAGGAGGCCAUCGCCGCGCUGUUCCAGUUGGCCAGUUUUGUGCUGGUGAUCGGCUUGGUGACGUUCUACCGGAUUGGCCCGUACACACACCUGUCCUACUCGUGCUACGUGGACAUCGCCGCCUGCUUAUUGGCCACGCUCGCCGCUGCCAUGCUCAUCUGGAACAUCCUGCAUCGCCGCGACGACUGCCUCACACCCCGGGUCAUUGUCAUCAGCCGCUCGCUGGCGUCGAACUUCCACCCACGCCUCGACAACGACUAUGUGGAGUCGCCCUGCUGAGCCCCCCGAGCCCUGACUCUUGAACCUAACAGAAUAGACAAUGCUCUGACAGUCUCUGCAUAUUUUCACCCAAACAGGUGCCUCAAUUAAUUACUCUACAGAAGACACAUGUUUUGUCGUGGCUCUACCAGUGCUGGACUAACAUGAUUUCACUGUUGUACAGUUCUACAUCUUCGAACUUCGUGGCUUCAUCAUUUACAGUGACCAGUGGAACUCAAAUUUUUCCCUGGACUGAGUAACGCUCCUUGAUGCAAGGAUAGUUUCUCCAUUAAACAUCCAGCUAACACAUCUCUAAAUCUCAAAAGAAUUAUGAAUGAUUAACACCAUGGCCAAAAGUAUGUGGACACCUGCUCGAACAUCUCAUUCAAAAAUCAUGGGCAUUAAUAUUGAGCUGAUCCGUCUUUUGCUGCUAUUACAGGCUCCACUCUUCUGGGAAGGCUUUCCACUAGAUGUUGGAACAUUGCUGCGGGGACUUGCUUCCAUUCAGCCACAAGAGCAUUAGUGAGGUUGGGCUUUGAUGUUGGCCUGGCGAUUAGGCCUGGCUCGCAAUUGGCAUUCUAAAAUCAUCCCAAAUGUGUUCGAUGGGGUUGAGGUCAGGGCUCUGUGCAGGCCAGUCAAGUUCUUCCACAACAAUCUCGGCAAACCAUUACUGUAUGGACCUUGCUUUGUGCACGGGGGCAAUGACAUGCUGAAACAGGAAAGGGCCUUCCCCAAACUGUUGAAUAAAGUUGGAAGCAGAGAUUUGGGAGCAGAAAAUUGUCUAGAAUGUCAUUGUAUGCUGUAGUGUUAAAAUUUCCCUUCACUGGAACUAAGGGGCCUAGCCCGAACAAUGAAAAACAGCCCCAGACCAUUAUUCCCCGCAGUCCAAUGGCGGCGAGCUUUACACCACUCCAGCCCGACACUUGGCAUUGAGCAUGUUGAUCAUAGGCUUGUGUGUGGCUGCUCGGCCAUGGAAACCCAUUUCAUGAAGCUCCCGAGAAAAACAGUUAUCGUUCUGAAGUGGCUUCCAGAGGCAGUUUGGAACUCGGUAGUGAGUGUUGCAACUGAGGUCAGACAGUUUUUACGCACUAUGUCCUUCAGCACUCGGGGGUCCCGUUCUGUGAGCUUGUGUGGCCUACCACUUCACAGCUGAGCCAUUGUUGCUCCUAGAUGAUGUUUCCACUUCACAAUAACAGCAUUUACAGUUGACCGGGGCAGCUCUAGCAGGACAAACAUUUGACGAACUGACUUGUUGGAAAGGUGGCAUCCUAUGCCGGUGCCACGUUGAAAGUCAAUGAGCUCUUCAGUAAGGCCAUUCAACUGCCAAUGUUUGUCUAUUGCAUGAUUGUGUGCUUGAUUUUAUAAAAUUGUCAGCAAUGGGUGUGGCUGAAAUAACCAAAUCCACUAAUUUGAAGGGGUGUCCACAUACUUUUGUAUAUAGUGUACGCAAGUCAGUUUUAAAAACAUAAACUGCAGUGUUUCCCCUAUAUGCAGCGCUGCUAAACCGUAGCCACCACUUAAAACAAUUAUAUUAAAAUUAAAUUAAAUCCUAAAAACAGCUAACUCUACCACCCCUGCUGAAAAAACUCCUAAGGGAAACACUGAGCUGUAGUACAUUUUUCGUUUCAGUAGACAUGUUGUAGUAAGCGAUUACUCUAAAGUGUGCUUGAAGGUUUGUUUGACCUGGAAUUUCCUCAGCAAAACUCCAUGAAAACGCCCUGUUUAGGAAAAGAUCAAGCUGGAUCUUGACAUGUUUUGUUCUUAGUGCACUUACAGUAUGUAAUAACAUAUACUUCCUGCAUAUUGUUUAUAUUAUUCUUAAUAUUAAAAAGAGAUUUAGGUCUA